AUGGGUAAUUGCUGCGGCUAAUCCUCAAUCACGGAGUGUCACUAGCAAUAAAUUGUCACCAAAGAUCUCUUAGAUGAAGAGUAUGCCAACAAGGCUGCAUUAACGAUUCAAUGUAAUUCGCCCUUUUUAUCGCUCAAGCCUUUGUUCGAGGAUAUUUGAUCAGGAAAAAGCACAGAAAUCAUAAGCAUAAUAGUGUGGCCAUCACAGGGACCAAUGAAUACAGCUACUCAAACAAAUAGAGCAGAUAAGAAAUUUAGUUGGUGGAUUUAAAAGGGCUCAACUCUAUCUCUAAAGAAACUAACAUACCCUAAAAUCUAAAAACAAUCGAAAAGGUACCAGAAACGCUUGACGAUUUAACAAAAUCAGUACAUUUAUUCCUUAAAUUUGAUUCCCUUUUUUAGUUGAGACAAGGCCUACCCGAAUUUAUUUAUGAGGAAUCCCAAUUAGAACCAGGCCUGAUAACUAGGGGACCGGUGCAGGAUGAACUUGAUCAUAUUUAUAUAGGUUAAUGGAAGGAUAAGUAUAACCCUUGGCUAUUUUAGUGCAAAAUGGGGUCGAGGAAUCUAAUAUUGGUCGGAUGGCUCCUAUUAUGAGGGAUACUGGAGGGAUAAUAAAUAGAAUGGAAAGGGAAGACUCAUUCAUGUGGAAGGAGACGUUUACGAAGGGGAUUGGUUAGAUGACAAGGCCCACGGACAAGUAAAUAAAUUCCACAAUCCAUUAUAGGGCAAAUUGACCACUUCCAACGGAGGAUAUUAUGUUGGUGGCUGGAUUAACGACAAACAAAAUGGUUAGGGCAAGGAACUAUGGCCAGAUGGAGCGAGUUUUGAAGGACAUUAUGUUGACGGCAUGAAAUUUGGUUAAGGGGUAUACACUGUCGCCAAUGGUUCUCAAUAUGUGGGAGAGUUUGCAGAUAAUUGCUUUUGUGGUUUUGGAACCUACAAAUGUUCGGAUGGAACUAAAUACAUAGGGUAUUGGAAAUAAAAUAAAAUGAAUGGAUAAGGAGUAAAAUAUUUAAAACUACUUUAAGGAGUUUCAUUGGAAUGACGGUUCAAAAUAUAUUGGAGAAUUCCUAAACGAUUUAAGAGAUGGAUUUGGCACAUUUUAUUAUGGCGAUGGAAGAGUAUAUGUUGUUAAAUAGCAUUUUAGAUUUAUAAAGGGUAAUGGAAAGCUGGAAAAAGACAUGGUAAUGGAACCUAUAUUGGGAGAAACAAUGUGGAAAAAUAAGGCAAAUGGUAGAAUGGAACCUUUGUGGUUUGGGAAAAAUAAUUUACAAACUCCUCUGUUGGUGACGAUGCUCUAUUUCAUUGA